AAUUUUACAGCUCUUCGCCGCGUUUGCUGCUCGCUGAGGGAAAAUAAAAUUAACCAGGAGCGCAAAAACGCACCUCGCAAAUUAUCUGCGCGUUAGCCAGACCAACGGGAUCGAAAAGGCCCGACUUCCAUGCAGUGAGCUACCAAAGAGGCCCAGGAAUUGUUUUAGUCACAUCUCAAAAAUCCCGCAGAGGAGCAACGUUUCCAAUAAGCAAGCAUACAUAAAUGGUUUCUACUUUUAUUGGUCUAUUAGACAUUCAAUCAUGGUGGGAGAUACCGUGUAUUUCGCAUUUCUGUUCAUUGUUUAGUUCCGCAUUUGAUCUGCCCGACAUCGACAUCGAGGACCUCGAAUCGGCGCUGCUCUCCGAUGGUACCAGCGAUGAGGAUCAGGUCGCCUUAGUGCCCGAGUUAAUUGUGCGCCUGCUCAAGGGCUGCGAUGCGCUACAGUCGGUAGCCAAGGAAAUCACACACAGCAACUAUCAGAUGUUCUUGCGUCGCUUCCUGCGCCAACAGUGUCGCCUGCACCAGACCGAGAACCACUUUGACACGGACAUUGACUUCCAGUCGCUGCCCGUGCGCAAGCGUCUGCACAUCCUGCACGAUCUGUGCCACUUCCGCCUGGACUCGGCCGAUGUGCAGGUCAUUCUCAGCAAUCUAGAGGCGGACAGUCUGCGCGUGGAGCCUUUGGGGUACGACGCCAAGAACUCCGGCUACUGGUACUUCUACGGCACUCGUCUCUAUCGCGAGGACAAAGCGGCGGCAGCGUCCAGCUCGGCAUCCGGUGGUGUCGGCGGAUCCUCAGCCUUAUCUGGCGGAGCAUCAGGCAGCAAGGGCAUCGGCAGCAACGGCACCGUCUGGCAGGUUAUCUGCUUCACCGAGGAGGACUGGCAGAAUUUGGCCGCCAAGUUUAAGUCCUCGACGAACGCCAAAGAGCGUGAACUUUUUCACAUACUCGAUGACAACUUUCUGCCCAAGUUGCCGCAGCUUUUCCGCGAGCGUGAGCGUUUGAGGCGCAGAAAACUGUUGCAAGUGCGCAACUCCAGUCGCAUUCGUAACAUCGCCGAGCUAAAGGCGCGCCAGGAAGAGGAACGCCAGCGGCGCGAACGGGAGAAUCUUUACCAAGAGCGGCAAAACGCGCACUGGUUGGCACCGCCGCAUCAGCAACAACAGCAGCAGCAGCAACAACAACAACUACAGCAGCAGCAGCAACAACAGCAGCAGCAAUCGCAGCAGCGCACACGCAGACGGUCCCAAUCAACAUCGACAAAUAGUGGUAUUUCAACCUACGCAAGCUCCCUAAGACGAACAACCACAACUAAUUCGAGCGAAUUUCUGUGCCACAGGGAAACCUUCUGCCUCUCGCCAGAAAACGAAGAAGACGACGACGACAACGACGAGGCCCUCGACGCGGAGCAACAGCAGCAAAGUCAGCCAGCACAGCAUCCGCACGAGGAGGAGCAGCAGGAACCGGAGGAAUUAUUAGCUGGCUCAGCAUCUGACGAAGAUCUUUCGGGCGAGCGAAAUCCCGAAACGCCGAAAUCGCAAACGGCGGCAGAAUUAAAGAGCAAGAGUAGUCAUCACCACCAUCAUCAUCACCACCACAAGAAGAAAAAGUCGGGCAAGAAGCAGAAAAAGCGCCACCAUCGAGACAGAGAUCGUGAGCGGGACCGCGAACACCACCAUCAUCAUCGGCGUCGACACAAGCAUGCUUCAGAGGCGGACGAAGGCGAGGACGACAACAAUAACCACAACAGUAACAGCAAUAGCAACAGCAACACCAAUAGCACCAGCAGCAACAACAGUGUCCAGCCGAAGCGACGACGCAGUGGCCACCAGCAACCUCAGCAGCCAGAGGCACCGAAACCCACAACUUCUCUAAGUCCCGAGGACAAGGAGAACUUUUGCAGGCAGCUGCAGCUUCUGGACACCAAUUCGGCGGCCAUUGCGGUGGCCACGAGCAUUGCCGAUCUCAGUCUGCCAUCGCCGGUGGCACAUGAGAGCGAAACAGAGCAGGGCGAUCGGGUGGAUCAGCGGGCCACAGCAGUACCAGAGCCACGAACAAUAGCUCCUUCGAUGGCGCCUGCGGCGAAUGUUAAGUUGCCCGGCAGGCAGACAAAUAACUCGCUGAGCUCGCUCACUGGUAACAUAUUCAUACCGGGCGGAAGUGCUCAGCAGCAGCAACAAACGCAACAGCAGCAGUCGCAGGAACCGCAGAGCAGCAGUAGCAGCAGCAGUGUCUCCACCACGACGGCCAGCACGGUGCGUUCCAAGAAACAAAAGGCCGUGCUCAACAAUAGCGGGAGCAGCAGCAGCAGCAAAGUGGCGGACAAGGCGGACCGGAACUUGAGCAAGGCGGAGGCGGGCAAGUCAAAGAAGUCGGCGGCUGGCUCAUCGGCGUCCUCAUCGUCCAGCAAGGCGGAGCGAAACAGCGGUGCCUACUCGGACAAAAGUGGCGAUGACCAUGUAAAUAGUAGCAACCGUAGCACCACCAACAACAACAGCAGCCUUAACAACAACAACCAUAAGCACGCGUCGCACCACAGUCACAACAACAACAACAACAACCACUCAACGACGGCAUCGGCAACAACAACAGCAACAACGACAACGUCGCAGGGAUACCAUAAUAAUUCGAAUCAUAAUCAUAGUCAAAACAAUCACAGCCACCAAACCUCCCACUCACACCACACCCACCACCACCAUCACCACCACCACUCCAGUAAUAAUAACAGUAACAAACACAAAUCCAAAUCGCACCACUCCCUAACCCACAACAACAAUAAUCACACAACAAAUGCAGCAAGCACAUUACAACACCACCCAGUAACCACAAACAACAAUUCAACGUACAACUCCUCCAAUCAUGCGAAUAUUCUUAGCUUUACCGAAACGGAGGAGGUCCUGCAGAUCGGAAUGCACAAGGUGCUCGUCUACGUGAAGAACCAUCGCGAUGCCUGGCCAUUUGUGGAUCCUGUGGAAGAGGAUAUUGCACCGCGAUAUUACUCGAUCAUCAGGAGACCCAUGGACCUGCUGAAAAUGGAGGAUAAGCUGGACAGCGGGGAAUAUCACAAAUUCAGCGAAUUUCGCAACGACUUUCGCUUGAUUGUCAACAACUGCAGAUUGUACAAUGGGCACAAUAAUGAAUAUACGGAGAUGGUUAACAAUCUGCAGGAUGCUUUCGAGAAGGCCACCAAAAAGUACUUUGAAAACCUCUCCGACGACGAGGACGAUGAUCCCAAUCUGAGCUACCCCGCCGCCGACUCCAAAAUGAACGUGUUUCGCGAGAAGUACUUCAGCAAGAAGGCCAAGGAGGAAACGGAGAAGGAUGCGCCAGGACGGCAGGAAAGCAGUGCCGAAGACGAUCUCAGCGAGAUCGAGCCGGAGGCAACGCAAAAAGCCCAAAAGCGCAAGCGUAAGGAAAAAGACAAAAGACGAAAAAAGAAAACCAAAAGCAAGGCGGAUGUGGAAACGGAUGAUGAGGAUUUGGAGCCCAAAAGGGAACAAACUCCGCCGCCAACACCUCCUUCGCAAGCAACUAAGAAAAGCAAGACGGGCAAGGUGGCCAAAGAGAAAGAUAAGGAGAAAGAAAAGGAUAAGGACACCAGUUCCUCGAAGCGGGGACGCAAGACUAAGGGCGAGAAGUCCACAUCCAAGCCGAGUAAACAGCAGCAAAAGACCAAAAAAGGGGCCAAGAAAUCGGCGCCCGAAUCAGAGAUUGAAUCGGAUGCAAGCGACAGCCGUGAGAGCGAGGACUAUAGCGAUGACGACCAAAUAUCGCUGGCUAAAACCAAAUCCCUGGUAAAACCCACAGCUCGAACGAUAGCCGCUCAGAAGAAGAAGUCCGUUCCCGCAGAAUCCAAAGUAAAGAUGCCCACACCAGUCAAACGCCAAGUAAAAGGCAAGGGCAAAGGUGGGCGCAAGGCGAAGAACGACUCUCUGGACAGCGAACAAUCGGAUAUGGAUGUGAAGAAACAGCUGCCACCAACGGCAGCUGCUGCUUUGGCUGAAUCCGCCGCCGAGCUGGAGGAAGAUGACGAUGAUCAGCCUGCGGAUGAAGACGACGAUGAGGACGGCUCGCGGUCGCGCAGCAUGUCGCCCUUCAAGGUUGAUCUUCACAAAAAAUACUCAAAAAGUGCCCUUAACGAUGAUCUCUCCGAGCUGCUAACCACGGUGAAGAAAGUUCCCACCGCGGAAACCACGAAGCUGAGUGCCCGGCACCAGGACGAAGCGAAUGAAGAUGCGAGGCGAUCCUUCCGAGAGUCUGACGGGGACUUUAAAUCCCUGAGCAGCAGUCGGGCCAGCUCCGAAGAGCGUCCGCCGGUGGCAAAGAAAGGCAAAAAGGGGGACAACUCAAAGAAGGACAAGGAGAAGAAGAGCAGGGAGAAAGACAAGGAUAAGGAUAAGGAUAAGGACAAAGACAAAUCCCGUAGCGCCAAGCACAAGAAGAGCAAAGAAGAAACUCCGGUAUCGGCGGCCGCUGCUGCAGUUGCAGCCGAGCAGGCCGAACUGGAGAUGCUGCUGCCCUUCAUGGACAAGUACGAUGUGAUUAAGUACCGACGUAGUCGUGCCGCCCUUAGCGGCUCCAGUGCCUCCAACUCGAUAGCUCCUUCCGAGGACUCCAAACCACCCAGCAACAAAAGCAGCAGGGAGAACAAAAAAGCGCCAGCUAAGCGGGAAAAGUCUCCUGAACCUGUGGAGCACAAACGCGGGCGUAAGAGCAAAGAUCAAAAGCGGUCGAAGGAGUCCGAUAAACCAGAGAAAACUGAAAAAGCCUCCAAAGCGGACUCCGAGAAGCACACCGAGAAGUCGAAAAAAGAGGAGCCACCCAGAGUAGUUGAGAAACCUCCAAGAGAAAAAUCACCUGCUCCGGUGGCGCCUUCGGAAGCGAUAAAAGAACCAGCUGCUCCCACUCCCGCACCCACAUCCGCACCUACUAAAUCAAAAGAAGCACCAGCGAAGGCGGCAGCCAAGAAAAGACCCGACAAACAAAUGCCGCCGCCGCCAAAACCUGCCGACAAACCAAAUGAAAAGGGUUCUGGCAAAAAGGCUUCCAGUAAGAAGGCAGCUCAAAAGGCAGGUCAACCGCAGACCAAUAACAAUACUAAUCUUGAAGCCUUGGAUGUGGAAACGGAGCAGACGCUGAAGGACAUAAAUCGCUGGCUGGAGCACACGCCACGCUUUACAGAAUUCAGUUCUGCUAGUAAUUCACCAUCGCGAUAUAAUCUGUUGGAUGAUUUCGACUCGGGAAUUGGUAGUAAAUUGGAUGCAGCAGAUUUUCGACGACCCGUGGCUUUGGCUGCUCCAAAAGCGGAGUUGGUGCCAACUAAACUGGCCGAGGCACUCAACGAUCUUGUGAGCGAUCCGAAGGAAGCGGCGAGCAAGUCGGAAUCCGAAUCGGUGGCACCCACGCCGAGCAGUGUGAGCAGCAGCUGUGGAACUCCGCCGCAUUCAAUGCACUCUGGAAAUUCCAUCGGCAGCACAUCCGCCACUGCAGCGUCCAGUUCGAACUGCUCGAAUAAUUCUAUGCCCACGCCCUUACCCGUGGCAGUCACGCCAACGCCUCCGCCUGUUACUCCAACACUGCUUCCCAUUCCCAAGCCAAAGGAGCCGAGUACCACUCAACUGCUGCUUAAUCCUCCACCACCGCCGCACAUCAAACAGCAACUGGCGAAGGAGGCCAAGCGGAAGUCGCUGAAGGAAAAGCAGGCGGCUCAAGCGGCCCAAGCUCAGCAGGUGAAAGCCAAGGCGAAUGUUAUGAGGACCAUCGAAAGGCUUCAGCCAGGCAAGGCCAAGGGCAAUCUGCUACAGAACGUGGCAGCUGGGAAGUCAACAGAGGAUAGCGGAGAUUCCCAUGCAGGAGUAAAUCCAGUAGCCACCAAGGUUAAGGAGCUGAAGAAUGCUCUCAUCACGGAAACCUGCGAGGGAGCGCCAAAGCUUAGUUUGGGUACGGUUCUUAAAACCCAGGACUUUUCCCUAGGGAAAACCCUUGAGGAAAUGUCAGGGAAAAAGGCGGCGGAUGAAGAUGACUCUUCGAAUACAAACAGCAAAUCGGAGACACCUUCGACACCCACAACACCAAAUAAAGAGCCACCCAAACCAUUUGAAGCUCUUUUGGAACUAAGCAAAAUAGGCAAAUCCUCCGAAGCGACAAAGCCCGAAGCGAGUCAAAAAGAGAAGCCCAAUCUUAGCGCCUGGCUGAAGGCUUUCGGUGGUCCAAAGGUUAGCAAGAAAUCCGAGGAGGAAGAAAAGCAGCAGACGCCUUCCCAGGAUCUUCAAGCCGACUCAAAGGUGGCUCCACCAGCUCAUUCGCCAGCUGGGGAUAACUUCUCCCUGCCAACGGUGAUGCGUCAACGGAAACCCAGUACAGGUAGCACAAACUCGGAGAGGAGUUCCUUCAGCCAGGAUCCGGAUUCGCCCAGAAUAGCCAUCGAUGAGCGGUAUGGAUCGUACGCAGCUGGUUCUUAUACCUCGCCAAUUGGUGCCUCUCCGAUUGGAGCGUCUCCCAUUAUGGUUUCCCCGAAGCCCAACGAUGAUAUGGGUAAACCAGCCUCGCCUUAUCCCCUGAAUGGAGCCAUCAAAGUCGGCUUCUAUCAGGACACCACGACCAAGAGCAGUCCGGACAAGAGUUGCAGUCCCAGGGAGAUGAACUCUCCGUAUCCCCAAUACUCCCAGCAUAUCUACUCAUCCGCCUCGUCGCCCAAUGUAUCCACUCCGGAUAUGAGUGGCACCUCUCCCUACGGAGGCGGAAACAGCUACAAUCCCUCGGGCUCUGAGGCGUCCAAGACUCCGGCCUACUCUUCCACAUCCCCGCUUCCCAUUUACGAUCAAUAUAAGCAGCCGCGCUCCCAGGAAUCGGAUUACAAUUCUUCAAUGAGUCCGAGUACCCCGAACCCCCAUUCGCCUUACCAGCAGCCGCAAAGUUCUCCGUACACCACGCCGCAGCAGUCUCAAUCGACGCACCCGUCGCCAUAUCAUGGCCAGUCGCCGUACCACCAGCAGCAGCACUCACCAUAUCAUCCGCCCGCGGCGCAGCAGCAACAGCAAUCCUCCCAGCCUUCCCACAGUCCGGCGGCCCAUCAGCAGGCGCUCAGUCCGAUGCACAGCAGUGUGGAGUCCCCGGCAUCGUCGGCAGCUACGCAACCACCUACACCACUGGCUCAAUCGCCGGCGGAGCAGCAGCACUCGCCGUACCAGCAACCCGUUUUGUCACCUUAUCAGCAGCCGCAGCAACAAGUCCAGCCGCCAGUGGUUCCUCCUGUUCAACCGCCAACAGCUUCUGUGGCUUCAACAGCUCUGAACAACAAUGGAUAUGCGCCCACUCAUGACAGUUACCAGCAACUUCAGCAGCAACAGCGAUCUUUGUACAAUACAGGCACUUUGAUUAAUCCCCUUCCGAGUUCCACAUCGGCAACUGCUUCUAUAACCAAACCAAACAACGAUUGGAGUCUGAAUCGCAGCCUGUUGCCCCCGAGCAUUACCAACACGGUUAAUCAGGCUGCCCAGCAAACCAACCAACAGCAGCAGCAGCCACAAAUGCAGACACCACAACAGCAGCAGCAACAGCAACAACAGGUGCUGGGACAUCAGCAGCAACUCAAACCAAAAUAUCCGACUUAUGCGCAGUAUCAGUCAACAAAUGCGGCAGCUAAUGCGGCGGCAGCAGCAGAUGCAGUGGACAAUUUGCAACAGCAGCAGCAAAAGAUUGUACCGCCAACCUACGGCAGUGAUAUGGCCACAUUUAUGCAGCAUCAAAUGCAGCAGCCACCCAAAACGGACACGCUUAUCAACCCUCUAAAACGACCUGGGGAGGAGAUGGGCAUGGAUUACAGUGGAAACGCGGCCAACAAAAUGCCAAAAAUAGACGAAACUGCCGCCCAGCAGCAGCAACCGCAGUUGCAGCAACAGCAGCAGCAACAAGCGCAGAAUCAAACGCAAUCCCUGCUUAACAAGCAACAGCAAAUGUUUAAUAGUUUUCUGGGUUCCAUGGCGUUUGGCAAACCAAUUGGCAACAUAGCGCCGGACAAGGCAUUUGAGAUGUACAACCGAGCAGCCGCCAUGGGCUUCCCCAAAGACUUUGCAAAAGACAACAGUUGCCAGCUGCAGCAGCAGCAGCAACAGCAAUCGCCACAAGUCGCGACCAACAAGCAGCAGACAAACCAACAACAACCGCAGCAACAGUCGCAGCAAACGCAGCCGCAUCUCACGCAGCUUCAGACGGCGCUAACUCAAAACUACCAGCAACAGCAGCAGCAAACACAGGCUCAAAAGCUCCCACAACAGCAACAACAGCAACAGCAACAACAGCAGCAGCCGCAACAGCAACAUAACUACCAGCAACAGCAGUCACAACUUAACCACAACUAUACGGCGCAGCAGCAGCAAUCAGCGGUUUCAGAUAAGCCGACCGCCACGCAGUCCGCAGUGGCUGCAUCUUCUGUGAGCGAUGCCAGCAGCAACAUGAUGCACCUGCCCUCAACCGCCCAUCAGCAUCACCUCAGCCAGACGCAUCACCUGGCCGCCUACAACAAACCAACGCCGCCUCCGCCGCAAACUUAUAGCAAUCCCUUGAUGCAAUCUAUGUUGGGCUAUGCCGGCAACUAUUUCGACAAAUCCAUGCCGCCGGCGGCGCAUAUGUACAGCGCUUCGAGUUCAGCGGCCACGGCCUAUGGCAAUCCGGCCCAGCAGCUGCCGGGUAACUAUGUUCCCGGCAACAACAAUCCCGCACACCAGCAGCAGCAGCCACAGCAGCAGCAGCAAGCUCCGCCAGUCGCCGCACCCGAAGUAAAGGCUCCAGCGAAAAGAGGAAGGAAGAAGAAGGCAGCCACGAUUGCAGCAGAAGCAGCGGCUGCGGCUGCCAAACAGCAACAACAACAACAACAGCAGCAGCAGCAGGCGCAACAACAGCAACAGGUGGCCGCCCAACAGCAACAGCAGCAGCAGCAGCAGCAACAGCAACAAGUGGCUGCCCAACAGCAGCAACAACAACAACAGGUGGCCGCACAGCAGCAGCAACACCAAGCCAUGCCGCAAUACAAUAUGCCGCAGUCAGUAGCCUCCGUUUCCGCCGCCGCUGCCACAAACAAUCAGCUGCAGGCGCAUGCGCAGGCGCUGCACCAAGGCUUCCAGUUGUACGCGGGCCUCAAAUCCGGAGGCGUUUCCUCGCCAGUGGGCAGUGCGGCAGCAACACCGGCCACCAGUGGAGGCACCACCAAUCAAACGGCGGCCGAUGCGGCAGCAAUUUCGCUUAAAACAUCAACUGGUGGAAUGGUGCCGGGCAGCGCUUUCAACUUUGCGCCAACGCCAGGAACCCUUGGAUUGUACGGAGAUCAAGCAGCGGCGGCCAGCAGUUAUCUGGAUCAGUUCCGGGAUGCACCCAAUCCAUACUACAUGCCACCGGCGCCGGCACACAGUGGACUGGCAGCGAAUCCGGGAGGAAAUGCAGCGGAUAAGAGCCAAAACCCACUGAACACGGCAGCCGGAUCGUAUCCCUUUCUGGCGGCGGCUCAUCCAUCUUCGAGGGCAGCGGCUGCGGCUGCCUAUCCGUUUGCGGAUCCCAACUCGCAGCUGUACCAGCAGUACCUGCGGCGGGACGACUUCCACACGCGGAUGAUCCUCAACCAGAGCCUGCUGGGUGGGCCGGCAGCGGCGGCGGCAGCAGCUGGAUAUGGACAACCGCCGCCACCGCCAUCCGCCUACCAGCGCGCCACACUGGGCAUGCCGAAGCCGUAUGACAUCAACAGGCAGUCAUGGUUUUAGCAGUACGCCAGUGCCGCCAACGUGGAUCUCCAAGGGGACGACCUGACGGGGGCGGCAACUGGAACAGCAUCGGGAUCAGCGGCAGCUUCAGCUUCGGCGGCAGCCACACAGCGAUGAGAGCGAAGGAGUCUACUGGCUUAGAAAGGUUUCAAACCCACAGGCAAAUUGGUUCCAAAGAGGUUAACAAGCACCUGAGUUUUCGUUUCGUUUGGCGGAAUUUAACUGAAGUUUAUAUUUUUUAAAGCAGAUCCCUGCAGAAUUUUUUAAAAUGUCUUCAAUAUUUAUAGUUUUAAAGUUUCGAAUUGUCUAAUUUGGCGAACCAUUUAAUCAGUUAACAACUUGUGAAAGCAAUUCCGAUUUGUGAGAACGGGAAAAGGUGAAGGUUUUCAAAAGGAAUCAACUUGAAUUUGCGCCAACAGUGCAGAGAUUAUUCAUUUAACAUGUGGUAAACGACUGGCUGCGUUUUUGUUUUGUACUGAUAUUUAAUAUUCAUUUGCGAGACUCGAAUUCCACUGCCCACCCCCUUUGGCUUUCCCUCGACUUUCAUAUUUUUGUAUUCUAUGACCACUUUCUUUUGUGCAAUGUUUCCUUUGACUGCAGUUGCGCCCUGGACUUUGGCCACGCCUAAUAAGCAAGUUUGUUGGUCUAUAGUUUGUAUCUUUUAGUAGUCUUUAGGUCGUAAGUCUUCUGUUAAUGACAAUUAAUUUUAAUAGGUGUAGCUAAUUAGGCCUCUAAUCUAAUUUAAUUGAACUUAAUUUGUUUUAAAUGCUUAACAAAAAAACUAAGCAGAAAGCGAAAGAGAAAUAAUGCAAAAAAAAUUCAAAGAAUUACUCUAAAGCUCCCCCUGACGAUAAUUAGAUUUUAGUUAUUUCCAGAAUUUAACUCGUAACUAUAGAACACGUGUAAAUUGACUACGAUUAUUAAUUUUAUUACUAUUGAUUAUGUACUAUGACUAAUAUAAACUAUUAUCGAUUCGUGCUGCGGGCGAUUUGUUGAAAUAUUUAUUAAUCCAACUAAACAAAGAGAUUCGCAACACACAACUAAAGCUGAACACAAAAUCGAAGUGAGGGAAGCACUUUUAGUUUGUAGAACGCCAAGCAGAUGUAUAAAUUUUUGUUGAAUAUGCUAAGUAAUUGAUACGGUUUAAACGUUAAGCCCCCCCAUCAAGAAAAUAAACCAAUGUAAACCCACAGAGCUCACAUAUGUGCAACAUUCCGCCUCGACCAUCUCCCCCUCCCAUCCCCAAAAACCAUUUGCUGUAUAUAAACAAGAAGAACAAAACCAGACAAGUGAAAACUUUUCUCGUUUUUACACAUCUCAAAUUGUAGCUUUAAACGAUGUAAAAAAUCGAUCGAUAUAGAUUUGACGAAAAGCAAAACAAUUGAAAUUUAUGAAAUAUGAAUGAAUAAGUGUCUUAGUCGCCAAUAAGAGCGAACAGAGCAGAUGAAACGAGAAAGAAACGCAUUAACCGAGCGCCCAUAAUAACAUAAAUAAAUAUAUAUAUAUAUAUUAUAUAGUGAAAACAAUAAACAAGAGAACCCGUA